ACUCUGUUUCAGAUCCCACUGUUCAAGAUGAAGAACCUGGUACUGAUCUUGUACCUCCUGGAGAUGAGUUCUGCAGUGCCGGUGUUUCCUCAGCAACCUGGGACACCAGGCAUGGCUAGCUUGAGCUUGGAGACAAUGAGACAACUGAGUACCCUGCAGGGAUUAAACAUGCUUUCUCAGUAUUCAAAAUUUGGCCUUGGGAAAUCACUCAAUUCUUUGUGGAUGCAUGGUCUCCUCCCAGCACAUCCCCCCUUCCCAUGGAUAAGACCAAGGGAACAUGAAACUCAACAGUAUGAAUAUUCUUUGCCUGUGCAUCCCCCACCUCUCCCAUCGCAGCCAUCCCUACAUCCUCAACUGCCAGGACAGAAACCUUUCCUCCAGCCCACUGUUGUAACCGCCAUCCAGAACACAGCCCAGAAGGGAGGACCUCAGCCUCCAGUUUACCAGGGACAGCCACCCUUGCAUCAAGAAGAGGGGCCAAUGAUUCAACAACAGGUGGCACCAUCAGAUAAGCCGCCAAAGACUGAGCUACCAGGGAUGGAUUUUGCUGGCCCACAAGACCCAUCAAUUUUCACAAUAGCCCGUCUGAUCUCUCAGGGACCAAUUCCACAAAAUAAACCAUCUCCACUUUUUCCAGGAAUGUUUUACAUGUCCUAUGGUGCAAAUCAAUUGAGUGCUCCUACCAGACUUGGUAUCAUGAGCUCAGAAGAAAUGAUGGGAGGCAGAGGAGGUCCUAUGACCUAUGGAGCCAUGUUCCCAGGAUUUGGAGGCAUGAGGCCCAGCCUUGGAGGGAUGCCUCACCAUCCAGGCAUGGGCGGGGACUUUACCCUGGAAUUUGACACCCCAAUGGCUGCAACCAAAGGCCCAGAGAAGGGAGAAGGAGUUGUGCAUAGCUCUCCCGUGCCACCGGAGGCCAAUCCAGUCAAUCCAGAAAACCCAGUUCUGCUUCCAGAGGCAGUGGUUCCUGGUGCCCUUGGAGGGCUUCUCGCUCUCCCGAAGGACAAUAUUCCCAGCCUGACUGGAGACCCUACAGAGGACAACAACGGAUCCCUCAGGGUUACCCCAGCAGCUGCUGACCCACUGAUGACCCCUGGAUUAGCUGAUGUUUAUGAGCCCUACAGUGUUGAUAUGACUACACCCUUGGGAGAAACGACCAUGGAUACCACAGUGACCCCAGACACAGAGCAAACAUCGAUGCCAGGAAACAAGGCCCAGCAGCCCCAUAUUAUGCAAAAUGUGUGGCAUUUCCAAGAGCCCUGA